AUGGUUACAGGUGAGGGAGAUACAGGCCAUGGGUUCGGCAAGGUGGAGAUGGAUUACAUCAUCCAGGCAAACAAGGAUCUCCAUCUGUUUGAGACAGACAUUGAGUACUACGGACCAUCGAACUCUCGUAACGCCAUCAUAGAAGCAUCCCUGUUGUGGGACUAUAAGGAGAUCCCCUUCGUCAUCAGGCAGGGAGAUUACUCUGCAUCUGAGGUGUCACGUAUACAAAGCGCCAUGGAAGAGUUCCACCAACACACGUGCGUCCGGUUUGUACAGAGGAACGGCCAGGAGGACUACCUAUAUAUCCAACGGCUGGAUGGAUGUUAUGCAUGGAUCGGUCAGAAGCAUGAAGGUGCGCAGGACGUGAUUCUCGGUGACGGCUACUGCCUGGAGAAGGGAGCCAUCAUCCACGAGCUGAUGCACGCUGUGGGGUUCUGGCACGAGCAUCAGCGGCCGGACAGGGACGACUGGGUCAACAUUCUGUGGGACAACAUCAUAGACGACAAGAAAGGAGACUUCGAGAAGCACGCGGAGAGCGGCGUCAGUACUCUUGGGCUGCCGUACGACUACAGUUCCAUCAUGCACUACGGCAGCAGGUCACACAGCAAAAACGGGCAGCCGACAAUCGAGGCGCUUUUCCCAACCAACGGCCUGAUGGGACAGUCGGACGGCCUAAGUUCCGGUGACAUCGAAAAGAUCAACACACUCUACAGCUGCGGCAAUCAGAAGUGGAGGACCGAUGGCCUUUGUGGCCCUCGCUUUCCAGCUCCAGGGGCGACACCUGGCGAGUGUAACCCGCAUGGCAAGUUCCCGUGCUGCUCGGCGAACGGCUAUUGCGGAUCCGGUACAGACUUUUGCGACUGCCCGGGCUGUGUGGACUUUACAACGGAACUUGGAUGCCCAACAGUUGUCCUGUACGGCUCCACCACCGUUCAGGUCUCCAAGAUGACGUCCUUCACCAUGACGGGAGCCACCCACGAGGGCCGCCCCGUGUACUUCAGCAGCGCCACCUGCGACUUCCUGUAUUACUACAAGGGUGACCGGAACCUGGAGUGGUGGGUGGGGCCGGAGGUUGGGAACAACUACGGGAGUGUCUACGUCAGGGACUCCCACAUCUACGCUGACGAGAUCAUCGGGACCUUCUUUCUGUGGGACGAUCAGUGGAUAGAGAACUCGGAUGUGAAGAUUGCCUGUUCUGAUGACGCCCCAGCUGGUGUUGUAGUUCCACAGUCGGUAAGCGACACUACAGACGACUGUGUUAGGGUCAGUCUGCACGGUGACGCCACCUACCAGCCCUCCCGCAUGACCACCUACACCAGGACAAGCCAGACCAGCGGCGGCAGGCCUGUCUACGUGAGUGACUGGGACAGCCGAGAUUUUCUCUUCUUCUUCGAUGACUACAAUCAGUGGUGGGUCGGGAACACGAUCGGACAAAACUUCGGCUUCGCCUACGUCAACGACUGCGCCAUGACCCCGGACCAGAUCAGGUCACAGUGGCAGCUGUGGGGCGGCGGCCAAUGGCAGUAUGUCCCGUCCGUUCAUGCAACAUGUGUCGGCACUGCUUAGAAUGGCCGUCUGUACAACCACUGGGCAACAGGGACAGGACUCAUCUUUUGAAAUGAGUCAUGACCCUAAACAGU